AGUGUUUAUACAGAUUACUUUAUAAACCAGAUUGAGAGAGGUGCAGAAUCUCUGUCCAUUUUCACAGGUGGAGGAGACCUCAUCGUAAGCGGCAAAAAUGCCGGUCAUAAAUGUAGAAGAUCUGACAGACCUGGAUAAGGCUAAAAUGGAAGUUACCCAGCUCAAACUUGAGGUGAAGCUUGAAAGGGCGAAGGUGUCCAAAUGCUGUGAAGAGAUUUCAGAGUACAUUCAGGGCGGAGCAGAUGAGGAUCCUUUGAUCAAAGGCAUUCCAGAAGAGAAGAACCCAUUCAAGGAGAAAGGUGGAUGUGUCAUUUGCUAAUGUGGACAGAGAAACCUCCAACUUUUGCAGUUUAGUGUUCAGUGGACACCUGCUAAAAUUUAAUCAUAGCUGGAAUCCACUCUGCUACCUGAAAAAGGACAAUCACAAACAUGGAUAGAUGUUCAAUUAAUUCUAAAUGGCUUUGUUCUUCCUUGUAAAUGAGUCCCCAGGAUCUGGACCCUGAUAUAUUGUGUAUUCCUCUUUGAGUGUUGUAAUAAACGAGACUACCAUUGUGCACUGAUCACCAGAGACUUGCUUGAUGGACUAAUGCAUGUAUUUCUUCCUUGGGCAGUCAGCCAAAGGGUAACAUCUGUGUGAAAAAACAGGGUGAAAGUGAAAUGUUUGAGCUUGUAAUUCACAUGAUAAAUCAAGGCUUAAUUGGUGGAAUAUUUUAGCUAUUCAAUAAAACCACAUUACUUGGCAAAGGGC